UAGCUUGUGCGCUUGGGCCAUUGAUGUACAUAUGAUAUAUAUGUGUAGAAUACAGAAAAAACCCGUCCUCGCAAAUACGCAACUUGUGGCUUUUUAGUAUGUCGCAGACACAAGACGCGGAAAAUUCGUUCGCAAACAAUGCCGAAACUCACCUACAUUUUUCGUCACUUUCCACACAGGAAUAAUCGACAUCGGUCGCUUUCGCUUUGGCUCUGGCGCUUCCCUCUCGACCUUGAUACCAUUAUCGUUUCUGACCAAUCCUAUAAAUUUUUUUUAUCUUUCAAUUAAUCCUCAUUUGUUAACUUUUUUCCCGUUUAAAUUCUUGCGAACAAUUUUAAAAAACGAUGUUGCAUAAAUCAAAGCAGCAGUGAAUGAUGCAAAUAUCUGUAAUUGUAACAUACAUUUUCAGUAUUCAAGUCAUAUUCAGAUAAUUGCUUUUGGAUAAAUUCCAAGUUAAGUUCAAAUGUCUCUACAUGACACUGCUAUGAGCAGUACCUUAUCCAUGUAUGAUGCAGUCAAACAAGAAGGUAGCUCUAACGGCACCACUCUUGAAUCUGGAAGUAGUGGAGCUACAAAGAAGCUUGCUAGAGGUAUAUCAAGAGCCACAGAAAAUGGUGAUAUUGUUGACUGUGCUCGACUACAAUUGCUAGAAUCAAUUGAUACACCAGAAUUUACUUUUUCAUUACCUGACUUAUCAAUAUAUCCAGAUGAUUUUCGUCAAUUUUUAGAAAAAGAUCUUAUUGAAGUAGGAUGUCUUACUUCAUUAGAAGCAGCAGGAAGAUUGAAUUGGUGGUGUGCAGGGAAAAAUAGAGUAUUAUGGCCCCUUGCAACUACUGGCGAUGGAAAUUGUCUUUUACAUGCUGCAUCUUUGGGAAUGUGGGGUUUUCAUGAUAGGAAUCUUGUUUUAAGAGAAACUUUAUACAACACACUGGCAAAAGGAGAAUAUCGACAUGCAUUAUUUAGGAGAUGGAGAUGGAGACAAAUGGGAUUAAAUGCAGCUGCAGGCUUAGCAUACACAGAAGCUGAAUGGAUUUCUGAAUGGCAGGGUAUUGUUGAUAUGGCAUCAAGACUUCCACGACAUCAAAUGAGCACUGCAUCCAGUGAAUAUUAUCAAAGUUUGGAAGAGAUUCACGUUCUUGCUUUGGCACAUAUCCUACGUCGACCAAUCAUUGUUAUAGCUGAGACAAUGCUCAGAGAUUCGGAAGGUGUGGCAUUGGCACCAAUACCUUUUGGGGGAAUUUAUCUUCCUCUUGAAGUUCCUGUUUCUCACUGUCACAAAACACCAUUGUUGUUGGCAUAUCACUCUGCUCACUUUUCACCACUUGUCACAGUAGAUAGUAGUUCUGAUCCGAGUGAAGGAAGUAUUCAAGGUUAUAGUAUACCUCUUGUUGACCCAGAUACUGGUCAUUUGUAUCCUGUUUUGUUUGCUGUUGAUCCAGGUCCUGAGUGGGACUGGUCUGCUUCUCAAGAUUUACUAUCUUGUCAGGCAGAUACGAUGGAAAUUCUCAUUAAAAAAUAUUUAGACUGUGAAUAUCAAGUAUUUACUCCCGAUGAAAUAGACAGAUUGUCAGAAAUAGAUGCUACAAAAAAUAGAUCGUCUAAGCAGCUAAUGGGAGUAGCUAAACAAUUUGGAUCUAUUGGAAAAUCAGUUAGUAAAAAAUUCUGGUCAAUGACUAGGAGACCGAAAAGUCCUCCAUCCAGUUCAGGGUAUGGAGACACUCUAUUGUGCGUUAGAAUAAGAAGUAAAAGACAUCAAUUUGUAGAUCAAAUGCUACAUAAUUAUUUGGAAAGCGCUCAAGAAAGGUACCUGCAAGAUCAUCAGGGUUGUAAUCCUGGUGGCGAAAUGAACUAUGGAGCUGGUAAAUCCAAAUUUUAUGCUGCAAGCGACAAUGAUAGUCAUGUAACUGUCAGUAAGCUUCCAGCAACGAAUCCCAACAAAGAUCACACUCUUUAUCUUUCAAGAUCAACUUUUUACAAAGACAAUGUAUUGCCAGAAGAAUAUAUAACCGAAUGUAGGAGUAGUAACAACUUGAACUCUAGGCUUUGUCGUACUCAAGACUGUAAAUUUUUUGGUUCCCCUGAAAAUCAAUAUUACUGUUCACAAUGUGCAGUUGAACGCCGACGUUAAAAGAAAUUUAAUUACAUGCAUGACAAUAACGUUUGUCUAACAAAGAAGCAUAAUUUGCAGCGUGAUACUAAGCUAUACAUAUAAUUAUUUUCCUCUGGAUAGUGUUUAAUUUAUUUCUGAGACAUGGCAUCUAUAUUUAUUUAUAACUUAUUCAAUUUUAUUCCAUCUAAUAACUCUAGAACAAUUAGAUUUCUAUUAAUUUAGCGUUUUUCAAGCAAAAAUUGUUAAAUACAAUUCCUGCCUUGCUCGUGCGCUUAAGAAGUUAAUACUCGACAAUAUUUUGACAUUUUUUGAUCUUAUUUAAUAUUUUAUUGUUUUACGUUAUGGGCUUCGUAGUUUAUACUAACAUAUUUAUCAGUGAUCAACGUACAAAAAUUAUAUUUUUGCGAAUCUCGAUAUCAAUUGAGCUAAGCUGACCCAACAAAAAAAAUUAUUAAAAGAGAAAAAAAUAUAUAUAUCCAUAUAAAAUACAUGUAUAAAUUAUAAAUACGUGUGAAAAAUAAAACAAUAUUUUUUUAAAAUUGCGAACUUUUUUCCUACUGUACCAUUUUCAACUCUAAAAAUAAAAUACCAAUCAUGUAUCUAGGAUUAAGCUAAUUUAAAAAUCUACAGAAGUUCAAUACAUAGGGGAUCAUGCAUUAGCUUUGGCCUCCUAUAACUACGAAGGUAUGAUAAUCAGUUUUUCCAUUACUUGUAUAGGAGGCCAAGACUUUUUAUAUGUAUCACGCGAACUGCAUUCUAACGUGUGAUCUGAAUUAUUAGAAUUGCAGUCACAUACAUGAAAUAUUCAUUGACACGUGCAGUUUAAAAAUUUUAUUGUAAUUUAUUCUUAUUGUAUUAUUCAUAAAACUACUAAAAUUGACUAAUGAUUAUAUUUAAAAAAAUGAGUGACAAUAACUUGGUUUUUAAUGCUUAAGAAAAUAUAUAUGUGCUCUUUAUUCUCGACUCUG